AGAGCCGUAGCCCGUGUACACAGGAGCGGGCGGGUCCAGCCAGUCUGCGUGGCGUGCGGCCUUGCCGGCGUCCUCCUCCGGCUGCAGCCCGCUGCCUGCAGCUGGGGGAGGGGCGGCUGUGGGUCGGUUCGGAGGGACCGCGUGGUAGCCGCUGCUGCCGCUGCCGCUGCCGCCGCCGCCAGCUCGCCGCCACUGGGUCGCAGUCGCUCACUCGCCGCUGGCUCCGACGGCACGUCCGCAGACACGCACGGGGCGCCAGCAGCUGGACCAGCGCACCGCGCGGCGUCGCACCGCUCUCCACUCCCUACGCAGGACACGCCGGUUGUUCCGCUGCACGCUUAGAUACCACGGAAACUUAUAACAAAAUAGACAAAUUCCGGAAAUUGUGUCUGAAAUACGAAACUUGACACUGUUCUCCCGUAUCAAAAAAAAAAAAGUUCGGAGCAGCUAGGACAUAUCCAAGUGGUACUGCCUGAUUAUUUCGAACACUUGUUGUGGUGCCUUUAACGGAGGCCCGACAUUUUCACCGUGUCCACCAGUUCUGUCGUUUCACUUUCUGUUGCACUAAUCUCCCUCCCCAAAGUAGAUAGUGUUAUAUUAGACAUUCAGUUCUGCAAAGACACAUUUAGGCGUUAGAUACUUUGCGCCGGCGAAGUGCGCUGCACUGGAGACCGACUGACGGAAAGAAGUUUUCGAUUCUGCCAGCUCUGCCUUGUCGUGCGUCGACAGCUUCACAGAGGUGCGACUGUCUCUAACGAACGCUCAAUACACCCUGCCGGUAGGGAAGAGGUAGACACCGGCGUAGCGAGAUGAGGGUUCUGGGGAAGUCCCUGUGCCUGGACGGCCAGCAGAGGCGCCAGCCCACACCGCCGCCGGCCGCAGUCAAGGCGUCCCCUUUGGACGCCGCCGCCGUCAGCCUCAUGGCGUCGCCGGCGAGUCGCGAAGCAGACGACGAGAUCUCCAAGCAACCGCCGCCGCUGCCACCGCGUAACCGCCAAGAGAGGUCGCUCAGCACCAAACGUAUCCUUUGGCUCGUCAUUGGAGGUGGACUUAGCCUGCUGUUUGGCUGUCUGAGCCUUAUAUGGACACCGUUCGACAUCAUGAUGAACGAGAGGCUGAAGAUGAUGCCGGGUCUGCCGCCGUUCGAGUGGUGGAAGACGCCGCCAGAUGAGGUUCUCUUGAGGGUGCGCGUCUUCAAUAUCACCAACAGCGAGGAGUUCAUGGCCGGUGACGACGACAAGCUGAAGGUGGACGAAAUUGGGCCUUAUGUAUACCUGGAGAGGCUCAGACACCACAAUGUCACGCACCACGACAACAAUACGAUGACGUACACGGGAGUCCGCUCGCCUCAUUGGCUGCCAGAAAAGAACACCCUCAGCCUCAACGACACGAUCAUUGUGCCAAACAUAGCUGUAUUAGGCAUUGCUUCGUACCUACAGGAUACCUCAUUUUUCAUCAAAUGGGGAUACAACAUACUUAUGCGAAGGCUAGACUCUCAGCCAUUCGUCAAAACAACUGUGUACAAUUACUUCUGGAAUUUCACCGAUCCAGUGCUUCAUUUCGCUCAGACUAUUGUCCCAAAUCUGGUACCAGUCACAAAUAUCGGAAUCCUACACAUGAUAUACAGCGAUUUCCGAGACAACGUUACAGUUUUCAUAGGUCCAGAAAACGCUCGAAGGUUCUUUACAAUGGAUCAGUUUCAUGGUAGCCCUCGGUUUGGAUACUGGUCUGGCGAAAAGUGUGAUGCGGUUGCUGGGGCGACCGAAGGAGUUGUUUACCCUCAGUACUUGACAAAGAAUGACACCCUUAAAUACUUCCGCAAGACAAUAUGUAGGAUCACUCCUAUCUAUUAUGCAGGCGAUGUUACCAGAGAUGGAGUGUCAGCUUUCCGUUUCGAGCUCCCGGGAGAGACGUACGACCGUCCUGCGAACCCAGAAGAAGAAUGCUACAGAGCUCCGGGAACACCCUUGCUGCCAUCAGGGCUGACUGACAUUUCUCCGUGCUACCAUGAUUUCCCAAUAGCAGCUUCGCAUCCCCACUUCUACAGUGCCGAAACUAAAUUACUAGACGCUGUAGAAGGCCUCACACCAAAUAAAGAACUGCAUGGCUCCUUCGCAGUUGUGGAACCAAUUACCGGGAUACCUAUGGAAAGUUGUGCAAGAAGUCAGUCAAAUUUAAUUGUAAGACGACUAUCUGGGAUGCCUAAGCUGCAAAGGUUCAGCGACCUUGCUGUUCCCAUGUUCUGGGCAGAAUAUCACCAGGUGAGCUUGCCGGGGUACAUCUACUACCUGAUGUAUUUCACUGUGAACAUCCUCCCUGAGUUGCAGCUGUGGAUGAGCUUCUUCAUGACGACACUAGGCGGCUCUGCCUUCAUUCUAGGGGUGACUGCAGUUAUCUUCAACAGGCGGCGUACGACGCAUGAACCUAAGUGUGCAUACAGUUCGCUGGAUCUAAUGCCAUCAACGUCUUCAUCCGAGUGUUGAGUGGACUCUGUUACUUACUGUGAUAAAGGCUCUAGGCAACACUUUAGGACCUCAGGAUCCACGGAGUCAACGAAUAUGCCAAAAAACUGUGCUCAAAGUGUUUCCCAGAAACAGUGUACCUAGAAUUUGAUUCGGUGACAGAUUAUGUGAAGCCGUCCAGCUGGAUCGUUUUGUUAGUGAGCGGCUACCACUGACGACAAUCUUCACCACAGCCAGACAAUGUCUUGUGAAAAUACAAGCGUGUGUGGACGUGAAUGGCACUUCUGUAAUGCUCUGUACUAAAUAUUAGUUUCAAACAUUUGUACCGCAGCAUUUACAAACCUAUGCUUGUGUACAAGUACAUGAUUUCACGGGGAUGGGAGAACUGACAAUGGCCGUGGAGCACCCGCCAAUCUCUGGUGGGUUGUUAAGCCCUUAACGCGAGAUUCUAGAAAGAAUUUUACCAACGUAUGCUUAAAUCGACAUUUCAUACUUCAAAACUGUCAGGUAGCUUCCAGGUGCCUAUAUGAUCUCACUUCCUUCAAAUGUGACGGUCACAUUGGAGUAAAGAGCGCAGAUUGUCACAAUAGGAACUAACAUUGUUAGCUAUGAGCGUCUGGACUGAAGGACUUUUACGUGCACAAGGCAGCAAAUAGUCUGUUGAUCUGCGUAUGUUGCGAAUGUCGGUAUGGCGUACCACAACUAUCGUUCACUGCACAUUUACUGUUUACGACAGAAUUUAAUUGUUUGGUCAGUGACCGAUUAGAAUCGUUUUAGGUAUAUAAUAUAUUGCUGCUAAUGAAUUACAAGCAUAUUACCUGCGCGCAAAUAUUUCGGCCUGUACCAAUUUACUUUGAAAUAGUGAACAUACUUGCAGUCUCUUUACUCAACUGCUGCGGCAGUUCUUUGUCAUCUAAGAGCAACACACGCAAUUCUCAGUGGUCAAGACUUAUCAGACAAUAAUCGACAACCACUUCUUAAAAAGUCACUUAACUUUUGGCAGACAUAUUGAUCAUCUUCAUAGUACCUUUGUUUUUCUUACCGACUACUUGUAUUCCGCAGAAUAUUUAUGUUUCCCAGUCUUUCCAGUACCUCUUCAUACAACACAGAUUUCCACCUAUAAAGUUCAGAAAGAAUAUAUUUUGUAUAUGCUUAUUGGAAUACAUUAUCAUCCUGCUCUGUUUAGGAGUAGUAGAUAUCACACGGAAUUUUGUGACGUGGAAAUUAAUAUACUGUGAGUUGGUGAUUGCUGAGUUUCCUGUGUUGACAUUAUUUCACUAGUAGUGUAAGUAUCACCCGACUUAAAAUGCUUAUAACACAGUUUUUAUGCUGUAGAAUUUUUAUUUGUGCCUUUUGCAACAACUUACUUUCACCGUUGUCAGCAUUCCGCACUGGGAAAGACACAAACCUAUUAUUUUUAAUUAUUCCGCCAAUGAAUCUGAACGAAGUGCAUUUGUUGCAGUAAUACUAUUACUGGUAAUGGAUGACACACGAAAAUCUGACUUGAAGUUUUCGUCCAGUAACAGUUCCCACUGCGUCCUGUAAGUGCCACCAUUUAUGGAUUCACGUUUGUGUUAAAAAUUAGCCCUGUCAGUUUUCCUUACUGUUAUUUCCUGCUAUUGGCACACGUUCUCUCCUAUGUUCUUAUAGGUGCCUUUCUGUACCCAACCAUCGCUCCACUGCUUCUUACAUAUUUUGCUUACUAGUGCUUUCAUUUUCUUUUUAAGUCGCUGAAUCUUGUUGUUCCUGGUGAAAGAAUCAGUGCUCUGUCAGUCGCCUGCUAUUCCUACUAGUUCUCCAAUCAAUUUCUGAACUGCGUUGAUGGCACAGGAAAUAAGAAAAUGUUCCAAUUAAAAUGUGAUCCGUUCGUUUUUCCUCACAUGACUUUCAACAGCCUGCAAUGGUUUCAUCUUUUCAAAUAAAUAAGUCCAAUCUACCUCGAUACCACAAUAGCACCAUAUCGUCACGUGGUCAUCAUCUCUUGUAUUAUGUCUGAUGGCAAGUUUCUGUGUAGUCAGGACUUGCUUCUCUAAGUUCCUAUAUGUUGUGCGUGAAUAUUUGUGUGAAAGUAAAAAGUAUCUUUGGACAACAAUUGCUUGCAUUUUAUAUGAAAUAUGAUUAUUCUGAUUUGGAAACAGGUUACUCGCAUAUCUACUUUGUUCAUUGUACUCUAAGAUAAUUAUGUAUUUUAAUAAAAGUGAAUUAUACUUUCAGAGGAAUCUAUACACUUCAUGUAAGACAAGUGAAAGAUAUUAAUAAAAGUUUUUAUGAUAUUUUUAAAUCUUAUUUCUGUCUUCAUGAAGGUGACAAUAAAUAAUUUGUAAGA